GUGAAUUGUGCCCGUAAUGAAGAAGAACAGAAUCUUGUGGCAUUUGAGUAUCAAGGGGGAAUUCUGUAUCGUUGCUGUCGAUCCAUUAACCCAGGACAGGAGCUCUUGGUGUGGUAUGAAGAGGAGCACACCAAAGAACUCAGUCCUGCACCUACAGGAACAACCAGACAGCAAGAAGUAAAGAACGCUCUGCUGCAAGUCUUUUCCUGCUCCACAUGCCCUCGUUCCGAUACAUCUCCAAUUUACCUCGACAAGCAUAUCCAGAGAUGCCACUAUGAGGAGUACGUGAGACUGCGAGAAUCAGGAGAGAUUAAAUAUAAGCUUCAGAUCCCCUCCAAAUGCUCCAGUCGUCAACCAACAUCAACUGAUAUUAUCCAUUCUGAUACUUCCCAUAAUGAUAUACAGAAGGAAAUUCACCACUGCUCAGAUUGUGGAAAGAGUUUUAGUUAUCAGAAUGCACUCAAGACACACCAGCGCAUUCACACAGGGGAAAAGCCGUAUCACUGCUCACAGUGUGGGAAGAGUUUUACUGAACGGAGUCACCUCCGACUACACCAGUGCAUUCACACAGGAGAGAAGCCGUAUCGCUACUCACAGUGUGGGAAGAGUUUUACUCAUCAGAGUGCUCUCCAACUACACCAGCGCAUUCACACAAGAGAGAAGCCGUAUCACUGCUCACAGUGUGGGAAGAGUUUUACUCAGCAGAGUGCUCUCCGACGACACCAGCGGAUUCACACAGGAGAGAAGCCAUAUGACUGCUCACAGUGUGGGAAGAGUUUUACUAGUCAGAGUCAUCUCCGAAUACACCAGCGCAUUCACACAGGAGAGAAGCCAUAUGACUGCUCACAGUGUGGGAAGAGUUUUACUCAUCAGAGUGAUCUCCGACGACACCAGCACAUUCACACAGGAGAGAAGCCAUUUCACUGCUCACAGUGUGGGAAGAGUUUUACUAGUCAGAGUGCUCUCCGCCGACACCAGCGGAUUCACACAGGAGAGAAGCCGUAUCGCUGCUCACAGUGUGGGAAGAGUUUUACUCAUCAGAGUGCUCUCCAACUACACCAGCGCAUUCACACAGGAGAGAAGCCGUAUCACUGCUCACAGUGUGGGAAGAGUUUUACUCAGCAGAGUGAUCUCCAAACACACCAGCGCAUUCACACAGGAGAGAAGCCGUAUCAUUGCUCACAGUGUGGGAAGAGUUUUACUCAGCAGAGUGCUCUCCGACGACACCAGCGGAUUCACACAGGAGUGAAGCCGUAUCACUGCUCACAGUGUGGGAAGAGUUUUACUCAGCAGAGUGCUCUCCAACUACACCAGUGCAUUCACACAGGAGAGAAGCCGUAUCACUGCUCACAGUGUGGGAAGAGUUUUACUCAGCAGAGUCAUCUCCAAACACACCAGCGCAUUCACACAGGAGAGAAGCCGUAUCACUGCUCACAGUGUGGGAAGAGUUUUACUAGUCAGAGUGCUCUCCAACGACACCAGCGCAUUCACACAGGAGAGAAGCCGUAUCACUGCUCACAGUGCGGGAAGAGUUUUACUAGUCAGAGUGCUCUCCAACUACACCAGUGCAUUCACACAGGAGAGAAGCCGUAUCACUGCUCACAGUGUGGGAAGAGUUUUACUAGUCAGAGUGCUCUCCAACGACACCAGCGCAUUCACACAGGAGAGAAGCCGUAUCACUGCUCACAGUGUGGGAAGAGUUUUACUAGUCAGAGUUAUCUCCGACUACACCAGCGCAUUCACACAGGAGAGAAGCCGUAUCACUGCUCACAGUGUGGGAAGAGUUUUACUCGUCAGAGUGCUCUCCGACGACACCAGCGCAUUCACACAGGAGAGAAGCCGUUUCACUGCUCACAGUGUGGGAAGAGUUUUACUCAGCAGAGUGCUCUCCGACGACACCAGCGGAUUCACACAGGAGAGAAGCCGUAUCACUGCUCACAGUGUGGGAAGAGUUUUACUCAUCAGAGUGAUCUCCAACGACACCAGCGCAUUCAUACAGGAGAGAAGCCGUAUCACUGCUCACAGUGUGGGAAGAGUUUUACUCAUCAGAGUGAUCUCCAACGACACCAGCACAUUCACACAGGAGAGAAGCCGUAUCACUGCUCACAGUGUGGGAAGAGUUUUACUCGUCAGAGUGCUCUCCAACGACACCAGCGCAUUCACACAGGAGAGAAGCCGUAUCACUGCUCACAGUGUGGGAAGAGUUUUACUCGUCAGAGUGCUCUCCAAACACACCAGCGCAUUCACACAGGAGAGAAGCCGUUUCACUGCUCUCAGUGUGGGAAGAGUUUUACUGAACGGAGUCAUCUCCAAAUACACCAGCGCAUUCACACAGGAUAGAAGCCAUAUCACUGCUCACAGUGUGGGAAGAGUUUUACUAGUCAGAGUUAUCUCCGACUACACCAGCGCAUUCACACAGGAGAGAAGCCGU